UCUCAACACUGACUUGUGCUGAGCACAAAGGCAUUUUCUGUUCUGGACUCAUAUUGGACUUUAUUAACUUGGCCCUGGACAGUGACAUUGAUGAUGGUCUUUAUUAAAAACUGAUAAAAGACACCUUUGUUUAGUUUUUUAGUUUUUACAAACUAACAGUAAGGGAUAAUGAUUUAGAGCUACAGUAUUAGAGAUGGUAUGCAACUUCUGUGUUAGUCUCCUCCGAUCACCUGCUUUCCUUUUUUUUAGGAUCAUUUUAAGGAGGUAUUUUAAGCACAUGACAAUUGGCUGGUUUCAGUGAUAUAUCUUGUGAUAAACUAUCUACAAAGAAACACAUGAAGAUUCUUUUAUUUAAAGUGUUCAAGCUAGCUUCUUCUAAAGGAUCUUCGUUUAAACUUGUGCCAGCAUACAUUGUGUAUUUAGUUUGAGCAACAAAUCUGUAACUUUUUAUAACACGCUAACAGAAAGCAGAAAGUACAUUUUUUUGUAGAUUCAGUGCUGAAGACACCAUGUCAGCCUCUUCUGCUGUUGGUACAUUUGUUGUGUGGGACUAUGUGGUCUUUGCAGGAAUGCUGCUCAUUUCAGCUGCUAUUGGAAUAUACUAUGCUAUAGCUGAUGGCGGACAGAAGACCUCUAAGGAUUUCCUGAUGGGAGGCAGAAGUAUGACUGCAGUCCCGGUGGCUCUGUCCCUGACUGCCAGCUUCAUGUCUGCUGUGACUGUACUUGGCACACCGUCUGAGGUUUAUAGGUUUGGGGCAAUGUUUAGUAUCUUUGCCAUUACAUACACCUGUGUGGUGAUCAUCAGCGCAGAGAUUUUUCUUCCUGUCUUCUACAGAUUAGGAAUCACCAGUACUUAUGAGUAUUUGGAAAUACGCUUUAACAAAGUUAUUCGCCUCUGUGGCACAGUAAUGUUUAUUAUUCAAACAAUUUUAUAUACCGGAAUUGUUAUUUAUGCUCCAGCCCUAGCUUUAAAUCAAGUUACCGGGUUUCACCUGUGGGGAGCUGUGGUCUCAACUGGGGUCGUUUGUACCUUCUACUGUACUAUGGGAGGCCUGAAGGCUGUGGUGUGGACAGAUGUAUUCCAAGUUGGAGUCAUGGUUGCUGGAUUCACUUCUGUCGUUAUUCGAACUGUGGUGGUUCAAGGUGGAAUCUCUCCCAUUCUGAAUGAUUCGUAUCACGGAGGAAGGCUGAAUUUCUGGGACUUUGAUCCCAAUCCUUUAAGAAGACAUACAUUUUGGACUAUCGUAUUUGGGGGCACCUUUACCUGGACUGGGAUAUAUGGAGUCAACCAAGCACAAGUGCAGCGAUACAUCUCCUGCAAAACCCGCUUCCAUGCAAAAAUGUCUCUCUAUGUGAAUCUCCUUGGACUCUGGGCGAUCCUGGCCUGUGCUGUGUUCGCAGGCUUGUGUUUGUACUCGGUGUAUAAGGACUGCGACCCCUGGUCUGCAAACAUUGUGCCAGCACCAGACCAGCUAAUGCCAUACCUGGUGCUGGACCUCCUAAGAGAUUUCCCUGGAGUUCCCGGGCUCUUUGUGGCAUGUGCGUAUAGUGGAACAUUAAGCACCGUUUCCUCCAGUAUCAAUGCCUUGGCUGCUGUAACUGUGGAGGAUCUAAUCAAGCCUUACUUCAAUCUCUCAGAAAGGCAACUAUCUUGGACUUCCAAGGGCAUGAGUUUACUAUAUGGGGUUUUGUGUAUUGGGAUGGCAGCGCUAGCCUCUCUAAUGGGCAGUCUCCUACAGGCAGCGCUCAGUAUUUUUGGGAUGAUUGGAGGUCCGCUGUUGGGAUUGUUUACUUUGGGCAUUCUCUUUCCUUGGGCCAACCCCACAGGAGGACUAGUUGGCCUUGUAUGUGGAUUUGCUGUUUCCCUCUGGGUUGGAAUUGGCUCUCAGGUGUACUCCGUAUUACCUGAGAGUACCAGGCCUUUGCACCUCAGCACAGCUGGCUGUAACCUCAGCAGCCUCGCAGUGGAUUCUAACUGGACGGCAGCGACAGAAAUGACACCACUGACAACCACACUGCUGAAAGAAGCAGCUGACAGACCCUACCUGGCUGAUCAUUGGUACUCAUUGUCUUACCUCUACUUCAGUACAGUUGGAACCCUGGUGGUUCUUGCAGUUGGUCUCAUUGUCAGUCUCUUGACAGGAGGAAGAAAACAGCAUUUGGAGUAUGGAAAAACAUUAGUACAGGAAGAUCUUAUUUUCUACAGCCUUUUCUCUUCUUGUAAAGCCAAUGAUGAAAAACAGGUUGAAAUGUUGAACUGGAAGCCUUCUCCUACCAAAGUGUCUGGAACAGUCAAUCCUGUCUUCAGUGACAUCGAGUUGGACUUGCCAGAAAAUAAAGAAAAAGUCAAUGGUGUUCAUAUAUAAAACAGACCUGCAAUAUCCUGCAACAGAACAGAAUUGUUUAUACUGAGACUACACUGUGGGUUGGACAAAUGCAAUAUAUGUGUGUAGGUACAGUAUCAAUUUGUUCUUGUUUUAAUACAUAUUUAUUAUUGUAUUUUUUACUUGUAUGGAAUCAAUUACUAUUUCCAGACAGACAGUCCAGUAAAUAAAUUGUACAUUUAGUGCUCCCUUAUUAAAAACGUUAGGUUACUUACCAUAACCCUGGUUCCCUGAAAGAGAAGAUGACCUCACAAGGUUUGUUGGUCGUCUUCUCUUUCAGGGAACCAGGGUUACGGUAAGUAACCUAACAUUCCCUUUCAAUUCGAAGACGACCAACAACAUACUUAUGGGAAAGUAUACCAGGUUAGCAGUGCGAGCGUGCAACCUCAAGGACCCUCCUACCUACUGAUUGCAAGGAAGGAUCUAUCACAUUGAAGCGAUAGAACCUAGAGGAAGUAUACGGCGUAGCCAAGCUAGCCGUAAUACAGCUAUCGGACAGCGAGGCCCCUCUGAAGAGGGCCCAAGAUGUGGCCAACCCUCUGGUAGAAUGCGUGGCUACCCUCCCAGGUGGGGGCAAGCCAGCACUAUCAUAUGCAGUCAAGACUUUGUCCACAAUGUGGUGCGACAGACGCUGCUUCGAGAGGGGCUGUCCUAGGGUCCGUAUCCCGUGACAGACAAAGAGCUGGUCAGAAUGACACAGAGCAUUUGUCCUAUCCACGUAACUCCUCAAUGCCCGCAUCGGGCUGAGGAAGUUCAAUCUCCUGUCCUUCUCUGAAGAAAACGGAGGUGGAUGGAAAGACUGAUUCCACAGACUGAUUGAGGGGGGAUGUUGUGAUCACCUUAGUGAGGAAAGCAGGGUUUGUACGAGUGGCACCAUGUUGCCAUCUUCCCAAAUACGCAUGCAGGAGCUGUGUACCGACAGUGCCUGUAGCUCACUGAUGUCUCUGUCAUGGCAAAGAGAUCGACUUGGGCUUCCCCAAAGCAUUCCCAAAUGUGCUGCACCACCUGAGGAUGCAGUCGCCAUUCUGGUGGUUGAAGACCCUUCCUGGAGAGAAGGUCCGCUGCCCAGUUCACCAUUCCCAGAAGAUGGACAGCCCAGAGGGAAAGUAAGUGCCUCUGUGCCCAGAUCACCAGCCAAAAGGCUGUGCGGUGUAACCCCGGGGACCGAAGUCCUCCCUGGUGGUUCACGUACACCACUACUGACAUGUUGUCCGUGCGGACAAGGAUAUGUCUGUUCUGGAGCACAGGAAGGUAAUGUUGAAGCGCGAGGUGGACCACUCUCAGCUCCCGCGCAGUUAUGUGCAAAGGAUGUCCAGCGAACCAGGGUCCGCGGACUCCUCUGCCUGCCCAGAUCGCCCCCCAACCAGUGUCGGAUUAUUUUGUUUUUAACCAGCACGCCGAAUAAGCGGCUGAAACAAGCCGGUGGAUUCAACUCAAUAGCGGGGUGCAGCAGUGCGCAUCGAGUCACCGAAGUACCAAGGGCUGAGCAUGCACCGAGGUACUGAAGCACUGGUGGGCAGCUAAAGCAGCGGUGCCUGCCCUGACUGUGUGUAGUCACACACCUGGUCAGGGAGGAACACAGUCUAAAGCCGCAGUGGAUGCACUGAAAAACAACGUGUGAAAAGACACAUACAUGCACUCCUUUAAAUCAAUGCUGCACAGGCAGUCACUCACAUACAACAGACAGUAAAGAAAAGGCAGCCUGCAAUGCAAGCGAGGCAGGCUGCUGAAUAAAGGAGAAAAAGAGGCUUUAUUUUAGAGCCACUGAUUCCACAAAAGCGGCAAGCCAGCUUUCAGCACGAAUGCAGGGGAACUGCAGUCAACUCAGAAAAUAAUUUGCUAAACACAGAGGUCUUACCUUAAGAUCUUGAGAAGCAAAAUGAGAAAUGGCUUCCGUGGGCUGACUAUUUUGACCCGUCGGUAGGCAGGACUGAGGACGGCACCCCAGAAAGGGGCCUAUCAGCAGCUCUGAUAUAAAGAGCUCAGUAAAUACCUACCAAUAGGCAGGCAUAUCCCAUAGGUAUGUUGUUGGUCAUCUUUGAAUUGAAAGGGAACUGUUCUUGCUUAUUAUUUUCAACUUGUCUACAGAACACACUCAAUUACAGCAAGCUCAUUCCUCAAUCACACAAAACCACAGUAGAUCUUUCUGUAUAAUCUACAAGCGAAUUACAUUUAAAAAGUAACAGAAACAGGCUGGAAAUGAGCGAAAUAAAUCAGCCAAGGGUCCAUCUCAAAGCAGCUCCCAGUUUAUAGUAAAGAAACUUGGCCCAUUAAUAGCUCUCAGUCCUAACAGGUAUACACUGGUGGGACUUACGGCUGAAACUGCCAUUUUCCUGCAGAGUUGGAACUAAAUCUCAGAUAAUGCAUGCCAGUUAGCAUGGUGGGCUGGAUUUUAGAAUCACAAGCCAAUUGAAGAAGUGGAAGUUGGAAGUUUUACUACUACUAUCCAUUAGAGGGAGCUAGAAUAUAAGGGACCACACUUUUCUAUGUUUACAAUUAAAGAAUGAGUUUUCAUACCCAUUCCUGUAUUUUUUAAAUAUCAGAAUUGAAAUAAAUACUUUCUGAAUCAAAA